AUGAGCGCAUCACGACUAGUCGGCCCACGAGCCCUACGACUCAAUCUCUCAACACGAUACCAAUGCCUCCAACGACGCUUCGAGUCCACCGCCCGCCUGGCUCCCAAUCCCACACCCACCGCGACUGUCUCCCAGCACCCUACGCCCAAUCCCGCCUUCUUGAAGAGGAAUCGCGGUGCGGUGGUGCUGGGUAUCGUGGCCCUAGCCAUAGGGGCUGUCGGCGGACAAUUCGUGGUCCACACGCUGUCUCCACCACCACUUCCCGAUGCCGGAUCGCGAGAGGAUGGCAUCCUUUUGGCGGACCUCAACCAGCGCAUUGACGAGCACUUCAAGGUCAAGGUGUUGAGGGGGAAGUGUCUUGGUGUGGCCAAGCAGUUGAAGGGGCAAGAGGGGGGUUGGCUGGAGGUGGUGCAAUCGGCCGCUCAGGUGGACGAGGACAAGAGCGCGGAUGGAAGCCUUGUUACACAGAUGCAGGGCGCAAAGGGGCUGGGCGUGGAGAGAGUAUUCUGGGAUAGGGGGGAGCAGAGGCUUGUGGCGGUGGUAUGGUUUGGUGGGUCACUUUGUGGGUGGCCGGGGGUCACGCAUGGCGGUGCCAUUGCUACGGCACUGGCGGAGAAGCUCAGCUUGGCCUCCGCGCUGGCACAAGACAGUGAAGGUGAUGUCUCGGCAGCUGCUGUACCACAACGACUACUUGGUACUGGCAACCAUGCGAAGAUGCUGGCUCCAACGCUCACUCCGGACGAGCCUGCACAGCUUAGUCUAGGCUAUCUGAAGCCGACCUACGCGAACCAGUUCUACGUAAUCAGGGUCAUGGCUGCGCAGCCAGAGCACAAAGAUGCGGAACUGACCCCAGAGCCGUAUGGUGGCGCAGAGUACGAGGCUACUCUGGAGACGCAGGACGGGAAGGUGUGCGUCAAGGCUCGUGGACGUUUCAAGCCUAGCACUGCUGCGCAACGGAUGGAGGAGAAGGUUGCUGGUGGUGCGAAGCAGAGUUAUGAACAAUUCAAGGAGUGGAUGUGGCCUUCUAGGCAGAAGACUUCGCAGGUGGGUUGA